UUCUAGUUUAAAUCUAAAAGCGAGUUCAUCAUGGUAUCGAAAGCAAUCAAUAUUCUUAGGCGCGAGUUUAGGCCCAUUGUUCUAAAGUAUAUGCAGUACUUCGUGAUGUCGUACUACUUUAUGGAGGUUUUGUAUUCAGUGGUCAACACACCACUUGUGGGCAGGGAAAGAGCGAUUGUGAUGGACGUGAACGAGUGCUUCGGUCACUUCUACACAUGCUUUGAUGUCCUGCUGACCAUCGGCGCCAUCUUUCUCAUUCUCGGCACGCGAAAGGAGGCGAGCGGAGUGACUCUGCUGCUAAUCGGAAGAGUUAUCCACCGGCUGUUCUUCUCGAUAUGGACCAUGUUCUUUUAUUUCCUCUUCAACGACAGCUUGGAUGUGGGCUCCCUGCUGCUGCUAAUGGCGGCCAAAAUCAAUUUGAGGGAUCAGAUGGACUGGUUCCAGUCGAAAUAUCAUAUUUUACUGCUGGGAGGAAGACUCUGUCUGUCCAGUUUGUACAUCAUUUGGAUAGACGAGGGCUUGGAGACCCUUUUCAGCAUCGUUUCAUUUGGUCUUUUGGUUUUCAUUUGGCUUGGCUUUCAUUGCAAACUGUUUGCCUAUCUGACGGUGAUUGCCCUACUAUAUCACGAUGUGUUUAGCAAUCAUUGGAGCAUGUUGUGGGGCUGGAACGAUACUCUGCUGUCGAUACAAUACUUCUCCCUGCUGUUCUGCAAAAUUGGCGGAUUCCUGAUGCUCUCGGAGCUAGGUGGAGGCAGGUGGUCGGUGGAUGGAUACCGGAAGAGAAGUGGCGAGAAAUGGGAGAAAAAAGGCAACUACCGGAUCAUUAAGACACAGACGUCGGCCUAGUAAUCCUUAUCCAUCGGAUUGCUUAACGUCCAUUCGACAUUUAAGGGAUUUGCAUAAACUUUAAUGGGAAACACUCUCCCAGCGUCUAAUGCUUUCUUUUUUUUUUUAUUUUAUAUCUCUAUUUGUACACCUGCCCCUUGGCAACGGAGAGGCCACUCCAAAUGCUCUUUGAUUCGCGCCUCAGCCAACGUAAAUUAUUAAAAAGUCUCGAGUUGCGUUUAAGCGGCUUUACCAUCCACUCAAAGAUUUUUUUCCCGUUGCAAACUAACAUACAUACAUACAAUGCCGUAAAAUUCUUAAAUGUGAAAAAGGCAGCAAGAAAAUGUGAUUCGGUGGCACCCUCGAGCACCGAAGCAAAGAUACUCUACACGCAACUGGCAUUC